CAGCGGCCAUGCUGCCUGACUCGGUGCAUCCCGGUCCACCGGUGUAGCCUCCCUCCUACAUCCCUGUAUCCCAGGUCAGCGGACGGACCCGGAACGGCUCGGUUAGAGCGGUUCAGCCCGCCGGGAGGGGAAAGAGGAGAAACACUCCAUAGCAACAAACCGGUUCCACGGCAUUAUUGUGACGGAGGGAUGGUGAGGACACUAGAAGAGAAAUUGUGAAUGAGACAUAAAUCCCAAAUCAAGCAGGAUUAGAGGGACUUCGAGCCACUGGCCCAGAUCUAAACCUGGAGUCAAUUGAACGGGUUUUCUAAGGUCUGUUCAUUCAAAGUACUGAGUUCAAAGCCAAUAUCACUGACAUUACAGCUGCGUUCCUGACACUGCAGGUAGGUGACUGUGAGGACACAGACAGAUAAUCAAGUGGAGGUUUAGCCUUGGUGGGAAAAAUCUGUAAUUCAAGGAUCAGACUUGCCUUCAUAUUCACAUUGAAUUUGCUAAAAAAUAAGGUGAAACAAAAACCUUACAGCUACAACCCCAAACUUAUUGACCAGUGGACAUCACGGAUUAGAGCAUGAACAUAAUACAUGAUUUUUAAGGAUUUUUAAAUUGGAUAAAGGAUAUUUUUGAGUUCUGACUUAAGCUGGAUUUACAUCAAAGUGACCUGAUGUAGUUUUGGGGAUUUCACCUGGAUUAUGAAGAUUUCAGUUGAUUUAAAUGAACCAUGACUGGUCUGAUUGCCACAGUGCUGGUUCUCCGCUCAGGCCAACUGGACUACAAAUCAUCUUAGAAGUCUUGGGACUACAGCUGGUCUAUGAGAAUCUAUCUACUGGAAGGAAGUCUCCAAGUUAUAACACAUUUUUAGGGAUUACUUAUCACAUUAUCUAAACGUGAGCAAGAUCUGGACUACAUAGCUUGGAUAAACUUUUUCCUGCUGUUUGAAGGAUGAUUCUUUUCUAGCACGGAUUUCGUUGAAUGUUACUGGACUGUUAUCCACCAUGUCUCUGAGUAAGACCCUCGAGUUGGAGCAUUUUGACGAACGUGACAAGGUUCGGCGAGGACGCUCCACCCGGACCAAGAGAGAUGAUUCCACCAGCAGUGCUGGUGGUGGAGGGUCUGGCCCGAGCUCCAGGGGCAGCAGCCUGGUCCCUAGUCCUGCUCACAGCGCCAACUGCAGCUACUACCGGACCCGCACCCUGCAGGCGCUCACCUCUGAGAAACGAGCCAAAAAGGUCCGGUUUUAUCGCAACGGAGACCGGUACUUUAAGGGCCUGGUGUACGCUGUUUCUAGUGACCGGUUCAGAUCGUACGACGCCCUGCUAAUGGAGCUCACACGCUCGUUGGCGGAUAACCUGCAUCUGCCUCAAGGAGUGCGGGUGAUCUACACUAUAGAUGGCAGCAAGAAGAUCACCAGUAUGGAUGAGCUGGUGGAAGGCGAGUGCUACGUUUGUGCCUCCAAUGAGCCUUACCGGAAGGUCGACUACACCAAGAUCUCCGUCCCAAGCUGGAAGCCCGGUGCCAGCGCUGGGCCUGGAACAGCAAGAUCAAGUGGAGCCUCCACGGCAUCCACAGGAGUGUCGACGACCGUCCCCAAAGAUCGCCCCGAAAGUCGAGAGGGCAGAGAGAGCAAAGACUUCAUCAAACCCAAGUUGGUGACGGUGAUCCGCAGCGGCGUGAAGCCUCGAAAGGCAGUGAGGAUUCUCCUGAACAAGAAGACGGCGCACUCCUUCGAACAGGUGCUGGCGGACAUCACCGAGGCCAUCAAGCUGGACUCUGGAGCAGUAAAGAAGCUCUACACGCUGGACGGGAAACAGCUGACCUGUUUGCAGGAUUUUUUCGGGGAUGACGAUGUGUUUAUGGCCUGCGGUCCAGAGAAGUUUCGCUACGCUCAGGAUGACUUUGUGCUCACACACAGCGGCAAAACACCGGCCUUUGUGAAUGCUAAUGAGACCUCUGGAAAAUCAUCCAGAUCCAGCCCAUCCCCUACCAGCCCCGGGACUCGACGCAGCCUCAAGAUCUCACCUCGUCGUGCUUCUUCCACUGAUGUAAACGGAGAGGCCGAACAGCCAGAUGACACUGCAGAAGGUGAAGGUGAAGUGAACGGCAAUCGAACAGUUUCUUCCUCAACCAUCAACGAGAAGUACAAGGUUGGAAAGGUGAUCGGAGACGGAAACUUUGCUGUGGUAAAGGAGUGCGUGGAGAGGUCAACAGGACAGGAGUACGCUCUGAAGAUCAUAGACAAAGCUCGUUGCUGUGGGAAGGAGCACCUGAUAGAAAAUGAAGUGGCGGUCCUGAGGAGGGUUCGACAUCCGAGCAUCAUCCAGUUAAUCGAGGUGGACGAAACGCCCACUCAGCUGUUCCUGGUCAUGGAUUAUGGUCUAAAGGUGGACAUCUGGGCAGCAGGCGUGAUCACCUACAUCCUGCUGUGUGGAUUUCCUCCUUUCAGAAGUGAGAAUAAUGUUCAGGAGGAGCUGUUUGAUCAGAUCCUCAGAGGGAAGCUGGAGUUUCCGUCUCCAGACUGGGACACCAUCAGCCUUCCAGCAAAGAUGCUGAUAAGUCAGAUGCUGCAAGUGAAUGUGGAUGCCCGUUUCACUGCCGAGGAGGUCCUGUCGCACCUCUGGGUGACGGAUGAGGCUCCUAUAGAAUCCAACACUGUGAGCAGUGCUGAAGAGCAGAACAGUGGAGACACACUGGAAACAGAGGAACCAGAGGAACCAGAAGAAUCCCCAAUACUUGAAACCAAGCAAGUUCCCUCACCUCUGGUCUAAAACACAUCCCCCUUAUUGAAUGGAAGAACAGAACAGUCUUUGUUUGGUCCACUGGAAACCCAGAAAGUUUCUUUAUAUCUGAACGUCUCAUUAAUUCCCAGACCAGAUCAGUUCCCUUUAAUCUGGUCUAGAACCUGUUACAUGACAUCAUGUCACCUUAGUUAAACGAGUUUUAACUUCUAGAAGCCAACAACUCUGCUUUGAAUUCUAGCUUUCUCUCGUUUCCAUUUAAAACCAAACCAAUCACUUCCUCUUGGCUUUUAUUUAAUUUCAUCUUCAGGAAACUGAACAGAACAUAUCGGACUUGAAGAAGUUUCUACACCUCUUUCUCUUGGACAUGUUCAUCCUUCUAAAGACCGAAAAGAGGUCCCACCAUUUAAAACCAACCUAGUUCAAUCUACUUAACAUGAAACCAGUCCCAUCAUGCUUUGUGAAACAAAAUGAUUUGGUUCAAUUUUCUUCCACAAAUAUUCCCAUUUUGGGAAUAUUGUGAGGUAUAAAACAAUUUCCCUCUCUUGUGAUGUGGAAUGAAUCCAAUUUCUCCCUUUGCAAGUCAGCAAGUCCUGUCAGUCACCCGUCAUCUGCUUGAAUCGAACACGAUACUAUACAUCUGGUGCAGAACCUGUUACUGUUUCUUUAAUCAGAAAUGUGAUUGAAGCCCGUUACAGCCACUGGAAACCAACCAAGAUCCCUCACUGAUCUUUAAUUUAUUUAUUUAUAAUCUUUAUUUUGCUAAUUAGAAAGCAAACAUUAGUCUGGAAACCCAACAAGUUCCUUAAAUAUGGUCUCUCUGGCUCCCCUGGCCAAGAACUGAAAAAAGUAAAUUGAAUGUGAUUUAAAGUAUGUUCAGUUUGAUCUUCUUCAUCAAAAUACAUUCUCUCUAAUCUACCCCAAACAUAUCACAAACAAACAGGUUCUCUCAGGUCUAGAACAUAUCUCCUAUCGGGUCAUGGAGACAUUCUUUAUUCACCAAGUGGAAUCCAAAAAGUCCAGUCAAGAAUGCAGAUUGUUUUCUAUAAAUUGACUGAAGAAAGGAAAGGAGGAGGAGGACUGGAAAACAAGCAAAUGUGGCCCAUCCUAUACCAUCUGGAAAACCAAAUAUGUAAGUUAGUGGAAAUAAUAAGUUUCCUUAGAUCAAGUGAAAACCCAACACUUCCCUUCUUACAUGAUUUAGAAUACAACCUGUGUCAUCUCAAACCAACCAAGUAAGUGUCCCCAAACUUAGUUUAGUGUCUGGAACAGUUGUUCACUAUUUUGAUUUGUUGGAAGCAGUCGUGUUCCCUUACUUUUACUCUAGAAUCAUUUUGCUUCCCUUGGUUGGAUGGAUGUACUGUUUGGGGGGGGUUUUUUGUAUGUUUUUUCUUCUUUAUUUCUACUGGAAGCUGCACAAGUCUGCAACAAUGGGAGUUUGUUGCACUGAUAGCAAACCAGUUUCUCUACUAUUUGUUUAUCCUAUGAACACCAUCCCACCUUUGGUCUGUGCCAUUAAAACUACUGAAGACUUUUACAAGACACGUCUCUGCUGCUGAUGAGCUCUAUUAGAAUGCUAUUAAAUGCCCAUUUUGUUGUGAGACACAAUGCCCGGCUACUUGAAGGACGCACACUAUAUCGAUGUCGGGACACCAUGAAGGUGCUAUUCAACUCAUCUUGUUUUAUGAUCCAGUGUCUGAUUGGACUGUAUUACCAUUUCUUGUAAAUGGCUCUUACCUCUUAUCUGAAUGACACUGGAAAAACUGAUUGGACAGCUGUAAAAAGGCGUCAACCACUUUCAUUAAGAUAUGAACACCUGACUCAUUUUCAAAUGCUCCCUCUGGUUUAGAGGUUAUCGUUUCUGUAGUCCCUGCUGCUAGGCAACCAGGAUGUCUUCCAUUUAUUCCGGGAAACGUCGCAUUUCUUCUGCCUUUGCCCUCCAGCCCUCCUUCUGCUGGCCCGAAGGACGUCUCUCAUUUCUUCUACUUGCACCUGCAAACUGGGGAGGUGAUUGAGUACUGUGCCUGUUUACACUGCUGGUUAAUUGCUUUCUCUUACAAGUUAAAGUCCCUAGAAGUUUGAUAUUUAUGAUAGCCACACAUGAAGGCUCAUUGUGUUUGCUUUGGUUUUGAAGCAUUCAGAAUUUGUCUGCAUUUUGGGAAAUGGACUUUUCCUACUGCGAGAUACUGGCAAAUCUAAACAUAGGAUACUUCAUCAGCUGGAAAAAGACUGGGGAAAAAAAGAAAAAAUUCUCUGUCCAAAGUUCACAUUUUGCGAGUAUAUUCUGUAUGAAAUCUUAAGUUAAUGCAUGUACACCAAGUUUGUGUGUAGAUUAAACAAAUGAAAAUUUACACACAAACAUUGAGGUUUAUAGUUUAUAGUAUAGCCAGAAAAGCCUGAACAAGUAUGGUUUGCGUGCAUUGAGUUGACCAUGAACUUCUCUGUAAUCAAAGUAUUCUAGAGUACAAUUUGAGGCCAUCUUUUUUACAACAGAAGCUUGGCUGAAAUUGGGUCAUGUAACAAGAAAAUCAAAAGAAUCAAGGGCUUGCAAUGACUCCUGACCUCUACCUGAUUGAGGUCCUCUAACAGGACAUUAACAGAGCUGUGCAUACACAUAAACCUCGAUGAUCUAAGACAGGGAUGUCCAACUCCAGGCCUCAAGGGCCGGUGUCCUGCAGGUUUUAGAUGUGUCAUUGAUCCAACACAGCUGAUUUUAAUCACUAAAUCACCUCCUUGACACAUCUUAAAGUUCUCCAGAGGCCUGGUAAGGAACUAAUCAUGUGAUUCCGGCUGUAAAGAAGAGUGAGCCAAAAUUCCCGCACGACAGUGUAAGAGACUGAUAACUUUUGCUGUGAUAAAGUUAUACAGAGAAAGAUUACAAUUGAUUGUAAAAGAUAAAAAUCAUGUGGUGCACUUAGUUUCUUUUUCACAUAACUGUGUACUGCACAGAAAGUAAAUAUACUGUUAAAAUAGGAAGCUAGGUUUAAAUAAAUAUUAAACUACAGCACUUCAAAUUGUUAGCAAAUAUUUAAAGUAUGUCAUUAAACAAAUCAAGUAAAAUUAAGCAGUUAAAGGUUUUGAUAAAUGGUUAAAUUAAAAGCAUAAUUUCCAGUUGGAAUUUUUCAGUGAAGGUUUUUUCAAGCCAGUUUCUGAACACUGAAAACCAAAAACAAUGAGCCUUAUGUACAAAGACUCCUUUUGUUCCUCUGAAGGACACGUCCUGUCGUCUCACUCGCCUUCUGCCCUUUACCUGUUCCCCCAGGCUUCGCACUGUAUCUGAAAUGAACUGAGGGACUUCAAAAUGUCACAUUUUCAAAAACAAUUUCAACAACCUUUUAAAGUUUCUACCUGCAGUAUGACUGAGAUAAAGGUCACCUUUGAGUCUAGUCCCCGAGCUUACUGCCUCUCCUCGGUUCACAGCAGUUUACGGAGGAUAAAAUAUGUUGUAAAUAAUGUAAAUAUCACUCUGUCUGUUGUUGUCUGUUUGUCUGUGUGAGUCAGUUGUGAAGUAGGGAAACAGUAGCAGCCUGAACAAAUACUACGACAAUGAAAAAGAAAAAAAGUCUCAUUGAUGAAACAAAUGAUUUUCCACAUUGAUAUUGGAACAUUUUGUCAUUCUAAAUAGAUACUUAUUAAAUUUAAAAAAAAUAAUAGGGAGUUUCUGAAGGGUGUGAAGUAAGAGUUCUUACCUUAAAGUCAAGUUCUUGAUAGAUUUGGUAGCAACGAAGGACUGGACACUGACAGAGCUCUUUCAUCAUGUGGUCAUGCGUCUGUGAGGUGUCACCAAUCAUAUUGCUCCAUCCACACAUCCAUCAUGCUGUCUGUGAUAUUACUGAUCAUACAUCAGUGAGAAUGAAGGAAUUCCUGUUUUUAAAAACAACAAUGACAAAAAAAGUGUGUUUGUGUGCGCGGGUAUUUGAUUUCCACGACAUAAUGUUUGAAGUCCUGUGGAAAAACUGGAAUGUAUGAAGUUUGUAAGUUCUGAGUCUGUUUGCAUCUUUCUUUAAAACUUGAAACCAAGUGUCAAUCGUCAUCUGGGUAAAUGCGUUGACCUAAUGCAGUGUUAUGACCUUACCGUGACCUUUGAGCUUAGCAUAACCUUUCCAUGGCCUUGACCUUAGGCUGGAGCUGCUCAUUAAGAGUUUGGCAGGAGCAUUUGAAGUGUUCAUGAGUGGGACUAAUGAAAUAACUUCGAGCUCACAAACUGUUUUGAAGGCCAGAAAAUAAUUUAUCUCACACAUUAAAAAAUUACAGCUACCUGACUCUAACUAGGCAAUUACAGGAACCACUGAACAAGCUUUUAAUAAAUAAUACAAUCAUAAAUAUGCAUAAAAUAAUACCUACAACAAAUUCCAGCAACAUGAACAAGUUAAUAAAAGAAAAUGUCAUAUGCAACUGUUUAAGAAGACCCGGACCAAUGAUUGGUGUAAUAAUAACCAAUGCAUGCUGCACAAAAACCAGUCAAAAAAACACAUUUUACCUUGCUGGUACACUCACGUUUCAAAUUCUUAAACACAUCAAUAUCUAGAAAAGGGACUUUUGCAGAGCCUUGAAUACGUGACUGUUUUCUUUAAACAGUCCUGUGAUGUACAGCAGAACAAUAGCUGCAGACAGAUACAUUGUUGGGGUCAUUUUCUUUUAGGUGAAACAAUAAAAUAAGCCCCAGAAUUAAAACAAUUUAAUUGUGUUCUGAAUGGCAUUAUAUCAUUAACACCAAAUUAGCACCAGUUACUGUCAUAUGUUUUAAUGUUUGGACAUUUUGUUACAGCCCUGCAGUAUUAUAAAUCACAAUGGUACGGUCAUGUACUCAGUAACUGCUGACGGUAACACUGACAGUAUUAUAUUCAGUAGCACCGACAAUGUAUUUAGAAUGUUACUAACAAGCUAGCCGUACAUAUCUUCUUACAUUGAACACUCAUGAAGACCUUCAGCGGCAGCCAAACUCUCAGUCAGCGGCUCGGUCUUUGACCUUCUAUGCCUGCCUCUAUGAACCCAGUAGUCUUAAUUGUUUCCUUUUUAUACUUCAUACCAAACCAAGAAGAGCCUUUUGUUGCUACUGUUGCAGCCACCCGCGUCAACAAGAAGCCAAACUUGAUGUUUCACUUGUGUUGAUGCGUUUCAGCAUCUAUUAGUUUUUGCUGUUGUCGGCUUUGAACCCAUUGUGCAAAUUUAACUUAAUUCAACCAGCCAUUUUCACAAAUCCACUUUAGUUUCAUUUCCUGCCUUUGUUGUUACUUUUAGUUUUCAAAUUUAUUAUGGUUUACCAAAUCUUCUCAAGGACUUUUGGGACACAAUUUGCAGUCAAAUUAUUGGGAAGAAAACAAUUUCUCAUGCAAAGUUUAAUAUGAAUUUUAUGUUUUCAAAGUCAGUUGAUUGGUUUUUUUGGGUUGUUUUUUUUUUUUUAAUUCUUUACAUUCUUGCAAUUAGUCUAACUGAUGGGUGACCUGAAAUUUACUGAUUUCUUUGGGUGUUUCAAGCAUCCAGCAAAUAAUUUAACAUUCUUGCACUUCAGUACAUCGUUGUCAUUAUCACUGUAUACAGCUUGGCUGGUUUUACAUGUUUUAGAUGUUUGGUCCAUGACAUUUGCAAUUCUCCAAAGAAAGGUAGCUGUCAAAUGAAAAAAAUCUCUAUUUUUGGUUGUAAAUGAAAAACUUUGGCAUUAAAACCCUGAUGAUCAUGAGCUGUAAGGUUUUACUAUGUCAUUAGUACACUGAACUGUUUCGAGCAAAGUUGGAAACAGAUGAUUCAGUUUCACUUUGACCCGGGUGGCUGUGAUUACUGGGUCCUUUGUGUUUUUAUGGGAUGUGAUUGAGUGUGUGUGAUCAUUUUACAUCAUGCCUCAUUAUAGACAGGAGCUGAUUUUUUUUAUUUUAUUUAUUUUUAUGCACUAGACAAGUUAGGAUUUUGAACCAAACUGGGCUGGUUUUCCAAAAAGAAAUCGGAGUCUGAGGUUGAUCUUUAAGUCAGUACAAUUUACUAAAGAAUGUCUUAAAUCAUUUAAUAACAGGAUUUUUGCAUGAAAAAUCUUUAAUUUACAAAUUUAGACACAAUCGAUUUGUUAACACAAUCAAACUGGACAAUUCAACAAGAAAAAAAAGGCUUGCUUUGCAGCUCAAAUUUCUUCAAAGCUGUGGAAGAUUAACCAUAAGUUCACCUUGAGGUGCUUUUUAGGAAAACUAGUCUUGGCUUGAUGUGGAAGGAGAGGAGUGAAGAAAAGAGUUUUAACGACAUGUUGUAGACAUGUGUUAUUGCUAAUAAUGAUCUGUAAUGUGAUGUGUGUUCAUAUGAAACAUGGAUGUUUGCUGAUAUUAAGCUGGAGAAGAGGGGGGGGGGGAUACCCUGAUUUGUACUGAGGAAACAAAUGCAUUCAACUGUGAAAAUUAAACUAAUGCAAUGAUA